AUGGGGCAAACCACUCAAACUGUGGGAGAGGGGGAGUAUACGGGUCUAUUUGCUAAGAUGAUCGAGGUUGUGGCAACUACGGCUCGGGGUCCAGUAUUUCUGGCAGGGGAACUCAUGGAGUGUCUCAUAACUUUCACCAACCCCAUGUCCCACCUCUCAACAUCUGCCACCAGUGAGAUGCUCGCCUGGGCCAGCGCUCAAAUCCACUGUCAGUUUCAUGCAAGUGAAGGUAGAGUGGCUCUUCCACAGCAGGGGAACAAACAGGAUGUCCAGGCUGAGAAUGACACCGUCCUGAUUCCAAGCAGAGGAGAACGAGGGCAGUGUGUGCUGGACACGCCACCAAAAAUAUUAUUCUGUGACCUUCGACUAGACCCUGGAGAAAGUAAAACUUAUUCAUACAGUGAGGUUGUACCUGUCGAUGGCCCACCGAGCUUCCGUGGUCAGUCUGUAAAAUAUGUGUACAAACUGACAAUCGGUUGCCAGAGAGUUAAUUCUCCUAUCAAACUUCUUCGAGUUCCUUUCAGAGUACUUGUUCUCCAGGGCAUGCCAGAGCUCCCAUUUACACAGGAUGAGGAGGUUUCGCCCUCAAACCCAUUCUUAGAAGAAGAAGAUGUAAGUCGCAGAGAUGCUCAGACGCUGGAAAGAGCACUUGACCUGUUAAUGAUCAGCACCUCCAGACGCUGUCCUCACAUGUUUAAUAUCACUAACAUGCGUGGAAAGGUGGCUAAGUUCUGCAUCUUCAAGACUGUUUAUCGGCUUGGAGAAGACAUCAUCGGCACAUUUAAUUUUACGGAAGGUGAAAUUCCUUGUUUACAGUAUUCAGUGAGUCUUCAAAGCGAGGAGGAGAUUCUUCAGCAGUAUCAGCGGCGACCGGGACAGCCCACUAACGUUACAGGACAUGGGCGUCAUCUGGAGUCGUGCCUGCACACCGCAUCCAGCCACUUCUCUCUGCCCAUUCCUCUCAACGUCACUCCCGGCUUUAGCACAGAUAUAGUGACCCUGAGGUGGCGCCUACACUUUGAGUUUGUCACGGCCCGGGAGCCAAUGGAAGCGCCGGUGGUGCAACAGAACCAAUCGGAGGUCACGGUUUGGUCCGGUGCGGAGCGUGUGGAUGUGGACACUUUCAGCUGGGAUCUCCCCAUCAAAGUUCUGCCCACAAACCCAGCCCUGGCGUCACACGUGUCCCAGUUCUCAGGGACCAACAGCAUUAACAUCUGA